GGAGGGGAGCUUUAUCCUGCUGUCGCCGACGAGGAUCCCGUCAAUGACAAGCGUUUAUCAAUCAGCGUCCGAGUCAUUCCAGAUUCGGAUGGCAGGGCCCUGAGCGAUUGCGCUGCGGUCAGUUGGGUGUCCUGCAAUGUCCUUUGCUCUUUUCUGUCCGACCCGGAUGCAGACAGCAGAUGCGGUCCAUCAGACGGCCCACAGUGUCCUUCCUGCAAGCGCUAUCAGAAAAGUCAGCAGGUCGUGAUAGACGAAGAUGAGCCCAAACCCAGCGAGACGCCCCAUGCUCCGGCAGCUCCGGAAGCACAGCGUCCAGUGCAAGCACCCCUUGCAAAGGUCAAGCGGGAAAUUCCAGACGAGCCUGCGCCCCCCGCGCCUCCCGCGCCUCCCGCGCCUGCGCCUGCUCCGAGAGCGAGAGCUGACACGCGCCCGACCAUGGAGGACAAGCCACAAGCUCCGUCGACUUCAAGCGGUGCGAAGGGUACAGAAGACACGCGGCGCUCUGGCAAGGAGCCGAACAAAGGUCGACAUAGCACCAGACAGGAGGCGGUGCCAGACCUUCCGCAGCCAAAGAGGCUGAUGUGUUCAGUUUGCGGACGAUCGGAUCAUCCAGAAACGCUGCUUCUGUGCGACGGGGGACUUCCUGGCUGCGAAGGAACAACUCACUUGGGUUGUUGCAAUCCGCCGCUGAAGGCAGUGCCUGAAGGGGUGCCGGUCUCAUUUCAUGUCGUUGACUGGGAUGCCUUCAUCCAACCGAUUUUCUACUUCCGCGACAGCUUGCUCAUCCUUGUGAGGAGUGUCGUCCUCUGCUUUUUGUGCCAGGAGAGGUCGGCCAAAGAGCUUUCCGCAGGCGAAACCGAAGUCUGCGCCGUCUGUGACCCAAGUUUCAUGCUUUGCGAUCUCUUGCAAGUUGAUGUCGAUGAGGUACUCUCAACGGAAGGUGUCAAUGCUCAGCUGCUGCUAUGCAAGAUGCGCAAUUCAUUCCUUGGGCACAGUGAGUGCUGCUGUGGACUGAUGGCGAGUCGUGCUGUCUUCUGGAUGGACCAGGAGCGGCCAAGACCGUGCAGGUCAACGGCACCGAGAAGGAUGUUUAUAGUUGGCAUGUUCCUGGCUUUCGCUUCGCAUAGUCGUGAUUUCACUGUAUGGCUUGGACAGAGCUGGAAGCCACGCUCUUCUCAACGCUCCAGCACAGGAUUGCGAGCAACCCAACUGGAUGACUUGGAUGGUGUCGUGCUCGUUCCAAUGGCCGAUGAUGAUGUUAGCAUUGAUGACAUGAAGCCUCCGCCGCUGCCGGAUCUCCAGGUGGAGGAAAGGGAUGAUGGUCCGAAGAAGUUUCCUGCCUUGGACGGCAUGAGAUCCUCUUCUCCGAGUGUGGCACCAAGAUGCCGGGUUCUGGGUCAUGGAGCAGUUCAAGGCUCAGAGCAGGGCAAACGUCUUUUGAGUUCCCGAGCCAAGAGUGGAAUGGCUGACGCAGACUGGGGAGGGCAUUCGGGCAGCCGCUUAGGCCUGGACAUUGGUGGGACACUGGCGAAGCUUGUCUUUUUCGAGUCAGAGAUUCGACCAUCCUGGUGCAACGGCCGCAUCGCCGAAGUCAUCAAAAGUUUGGGUAAGACGAAAUCAGAAACUCCAGGAAGCAACGAGCACGGCUUCAGCAGACAGGGUUCGUUCUGGGGCGAGCAGGAGAACGAGCUGUCCUUCUAUGAUGAGGAGCUUCAAGGAUAUUUCCACUUUUUGUGUUUCCGCUCUGAGCAGAUGGAACGCUUUGUCUCACUCCUAGCAGCACAAGAACUGCAUCACGAUAUCGAUGAGAUUUUUACAACCGGUGGUGGCGCUUACAAGUAUGCCACGCUGUUCGCUGAGCGUUUGGGAAUCACUCUCAGGCCUGUGGACGAGCUAGGUGUCGUUGUCAAAGGCAUCUCAUGGCUGUUGAAGAGGCCAAUUUCGGAUGAGGUUUGCUGGCUUGGUGAAGAGGAGUCUCGGACAAACAAAAGCUUUGAGUCUGAAUGCCACUUCAUCGACUCUUCCAAGAGCCACUUGUUUCCGUUCAUUUUGGUGAACAUCGGUUCCGGGGUCAGCAUCGUUCGCGUUGAUGGUACAGACAAGUUCGAGCGAGUCAGCGGCUCCGCGCUGGGCGGAGGGACCUUCUGGGGCCUCUGCAAGCUGCUGUGCCCGGAGUGCAAAGACUUCUCGGAGGCCAGCUGCCUGGCGGUGGACGGCGACUCCGCUUCCUUGAACCUCACAGUGGAGGAUAUCUACGGGGGUGACUACGAGCUGGAGGGAGGCCGAAAGCUUCCCGGCAGUUUGGUGGCGUCUUUCUUUGCCAAAGCAGGUCGAGGAGAGAACCUGCACGAUGAUGCAGCCCUCCUGCAUGCACUUAUCACAAUGGUCUCACAAAACAUUUGCCAAAUCGCCUUCUUGAACUCUCGGAUCCACGGAGUCACAAGAAUAGUCUUCACGGGAAACUUCCUCCGGCAAAACCAGGUUGCGAGGCAAGUUAUAGCUACAAACAUGCGACGGGUCAGUUCCACGUCGCAGCAGGGAAAGCAGUUGCAAGCGCUCUUCUUGCAGCAUGAAGGCUAUUUUGGCGCCCUCGGCUCCUUCUUGCACAACGUGGAGGGAGAUUUGAAAAAGGUCCCAACUUGCCAACGCGUGCCGACCUUCCUCGGGAAGCUCUCUGGUCGAACUUGGGGAACACCGAAAGCAGCGGAGCACAGAGCUAUGACGCAGAGUGUCCUCAAUGAGGCAUGCAAUCGCUUCUUGCAGUGCUUUCGAUGCUUUGGCAAAAAGCCGCAAGGCGACGUGGACCCUAGCAUCGAGAAGUUUACAGCAGUGCCUUUUCCAAAGGAAUUCGGGCAGAAGCCGAUUGCAAGGGAUAACGCGGUCUGA